GCAGUAGAUCAUUGUUUUGCUUUUUAGUCUUUUUCAAACUUUUUUGUAUCUUUUCUUUUCCCAUCGCCUUUCUUUCGCAUUCUUCGUUUUGUUUUCCUUUAUUCUUCGCGUAUUCUUCUCCUUCUUCUUCGCCAUGCGCGAUUGGCUUCUCUUGCCACCUACGGCCUCAUCCGAUGCCGAUAGCCAAGAAGCCACUGGUGCUAGGACCAAAAAUGACACACCCAAAUCCAGGCGGUCGAUUCUAGCCUCCUUAUUUUGUCGUCACCUGCUACCCUCCUCACCAAGCUCAGAUAAAAGCCGACGCAUAUCUAGCGAAAGACCUAUGAGCGACCGGCGUGUCGCUGAACCUUUGCCUGAGACUGAUCAUAUCUCUUCCUCUUCAUCUUGCACCUUAUCAGAGGAGCAAGAUUUGCACGGUGAAAACGCAGUAGGCGAUACAGGAGUAAAAACGGAUUCCAAUUAUCCGGCCACCAAGAUUGCUUGGAAUCACGGCGGUCAGACAGUGUAUAUCACUGGUGAAUUUGAUAAUUGGUCGGGAUCCAUUUUAAUGACUCCGGAAAAAAAUUCACAAGCAUUUACGGCUGAGUUGUUUAUUGAUCGAUCGGUUGAUCUGGAAUACAAAUUUAUCGUGGAUGGCCAAUGGUGUUGUGCAAGUGAUCUUCCACAACGGACUGAUGCACACGGUCAUGUGAAUAAUGUACUUUACGGACGAUGAUGAGAAUUGAAUGUAAUAUGUAUAAAAAAAUUUGGGAGAUUAUGAAAUGCAGGGCUUCUGUUACAUGUUUUCUGUUGUUGGUUUUUUUUUUUUUUUUUCCUUUUUGUCUUUU